AUGAGCUACGUCGUGCCAGACAAGAGGCCGGUGGAUUGGUCGCGGAUCUGGGACGGAUGUCCGCGUGAUCCCGACUUCGAACCGCAAGACAACACUCCGGUUGAUUCGAGAGAGGUCGGCCUUCUGCCGUGGUCGCAAGGCGGUCAUUCGGCCACAGCGGUGUUCCGUGAGCUGUUCUUCGGCGUGUCCAGCACACAUCCAGCGAUGGUUGACAUUCCCGAUCAUCCUCUGGUAUUGCGCGAGAUGGGCCACCCCGACACUGUCCAAGGCUCACACCCUAUGGAGGCAUCCUUCCAGGCCUCCGCGGCCGAUCAGCAAGACCAACAAAACCCACAAACUCACCAGGGGUUCCCAGAAGCAAGCGAACCUCCAGUGAUGUCAGGCGCCGAGCUCGAUAAGUGGGUGCAGGACUUCACAAACACUCUGCCGCUCAUCCUGAACCUCCUUGAUGGUUACAGCCAACAGGACGUCCAAAGCAUUUCGUCUCCACGCAACACACCGGUCCAGCGCAUCUUCCUACAGCAGAUGGCUCGUGUUGCACAACAGGAUCAGCCCCAGCAGGUUGGCACGCAAUCAAAGCCACCAGCGUUCGGAUUCCAGUAUCAGCGGCACCAGACCGACGGUGUGGACACGCCUGAUCCGACCGGAGCGCAUAUGGGUCUCGGUCAGCAGCCUGCAUCAACAGCCCCGAGUGCUCCAGGACUUGAUGUUCCUGAUCAAUCUCAGUAUCAGCGCGCCGUCCCCUUCCCUUAUGGGUCUGCUUACCCGCCACGGUCUGCUCCACAGCUGCAACAAGCAGUCCUUUUCACAAGUGGGUCACCAUUGGGGAAUCAGAACGCCCCACAGCUGCAACAAGCGCUCUCGUCCACGACCCUCCCUACGUCCUAA